UACAGACAAUUGUGAGUCAGUCAGCCGCCGGACAGCGACGCGGUAGCACGUGGUUCCGUGUCGAUCCUCCGUCUCGCCUCUUUCGCCGAUUUUCCCUCUUCGCGAGACUUCAACUAUCGCCAACUUUCUCUCUUCCUCGUUAUGCGCGAAGCGAUAACCGGACGGGCAACGGCAACCCAUCGAUCGUGACGAUUUCGACGGCGACGUCGACGAAGACGACGACGAUGAUCCCGAAGAUCUAAUUCGGGAGAAACACAUGUGCGCGAUCCUCGGAGGACGAUCUCUCGUUUCGACGUACGCCAGCCAAUUGUCGCCCGAGACUCUUCGUCCGCGAGAUUCCAGCUGAUUUCAGAGAGUUGCAUCCUUGCGGAAUGUUGCCGCGCGACGCGUUAACCCUCGUGAUGUUGAUGACAGGUCUCGCUGCGACCGUCGCCGCCGCCGUCACCAGAAAUCCAUCGGAUCCAGCGAAUGUAGAUUCGGAAGAUUAUGGUUUGCUCGACAACAAUGAGGCGCGACCUGAUAAAGGUAACAAAAAAGACUCUUCUAAAGUCGGAGAAGUGAGAUGUUACUGCAAUAAACCGAUAUGCGUUCCCCAAUCGUACAUGUGUCGCGGUGUAAGAUGUGUCACGAAGUUACCGAGGAGCGUAGACUUGCCGCUUUUGAGAGCGGGAUUUGACAGCGAUUGCCUAAACGAUACGUACCAAAAACCAGACUGCCCCGAAAAUUCUUUCUGCUGCGACAAGGAUCUCUGCAAUCACGAGGACAGUCCUGCAAUGAAAAACAUACUCGACAAGAUUCUAAGAGAAGCGAUGAGCAAUCAGCGACCAUACUUGGCUGCUUUGUAUCCGAAGGGUCAGGAUGGAGGUCAGACGACGGUUCGUUGGUUUCCGAGCGCGAUCGUCGUGGCCAUCUGCGGAUUCAUCGUCCUGCUGAUCAUCGCCAGCCUAGCUGUCAGAUGGCUGCAUCCCAUACCGCCGCAAAAUACAAACAAGUUCGUGCCGUGUAGAACAUCCGAUAACGGACCGCCCUUGCUUGGACUACCGAAAGUGCCUCUGGUUUAAGAAAUCCCACGCGAUCCAAAGACAAGUUUUUCGAUGAAGGUGUUCGAAAUGAUAGUUUAAUUAGUAGAGCUGACUUUAAUAUAUGACUCACGGACAAUCGGAAUUGUGCCAUAUAUUUGCGUAGCAAAGAAAUGCUACGCAUUAGAAUCUUUAUAAGUUCUGGAUAAAAUUACUUUACAAUAUAUAAAUAGUAAUCUUAUUCCAAUAUUUAACUUUGCUUCAAUUCCAUCGAUUUUUUAUAGCAUAUUUUAUAGCAUAUAUGUGUGUGUUCAAUAUACAAGUAUGCAGAUUUCUGCGAGAUUUUAUAGAGAGAGAUAUGCCGGAGUCAUAUACUAAGCGUCCAGCCUAGGCUACCUAGAAAGCUAGCGGGCCGUUGGAGGCUCCAUUCGGCUGUGAAUUUUACGAAGAAAGCAACUAUUGUAAAUUAUAUCGUAACAAUUAGUACGUAUUUUACUUGUUGCAUUUCCUCGAAACGUCCGUCGCGGCGGCGAAGAGUGAGAAACGAGGGGUCCGAGACUUGAAACCCUCUAAACAUGACGUUACGACAAUACAGUAUGUCUACAGUCUCUGUAUCGUUGUAAAAUUGUAAAUAUAGAUAUAUGUACACUUUAUGUAUUUUUUAUCAUAUUGAAUUUGACGAUGUUGCUUAAAUUACGAUGUAAUUCGCGUAAAUGCGAUCUGUUAACGUUGCAAUCAUCGUGAAUUCUUGUUCCCUAAAAAUAAUAUUAUUAUUAUACAUCAUUUUUAUUUACAAACAAUACCCUUCGAGUAAACUAAGGAGAAAUUAUAUAUUUCACAAAUCUCGUAACGGAAAAUAAAUUUGUAAUUGAUAUAAUUUUGUUGUGCCGUUGCGACUUCAGUCACAGCCAUUAAAUUUGUGAAAGAGCGUAGACUUUAAGAACUUAAUUAUAUGUAUAUUUUUAAGCGUAUUCCGUAUAAAUAUUAUAUUGUGAUAUAUAAUACGACGUAAUAAUGACUAAAUAAAUACACAGAGAUCUGUCUAGACUUUA